AUGCCACCUCGUCUGUUGCCCUCUCCUUUCACGCCGCGCGGAGGAAGACUCUUUCACAGCAGCGCAAAACUCUGGAGUCAACCUAAUCAUUAUGAGACCUUGCAAGUACCGACAAGUGCAACCCCUGCGGAGGUGAAGAAGUCCUUUUAUGCUCUCUCGAAAGCCCACCACCCAGAUCUCCAUCCCGACGACCCCAACGCUGCAAAACGUUUCGUGCGUAUUUCCGAGGCGUAUACCAUUCUGGGCACCCCCGCGAAACGACGGGAAUAUGACCGAGAUCUGCUACCCUCUCAGGCUUCCGCUUCUCAGACGCCGCGCGGCUCCUAUAGUUCUUCUGGCCCGGCUGGGGGACGACCCGCUAGCGGUCUGAGUCGAAGGAGAACACAAUUUCGCGGACCACCACCAUCCUUCUACCGUAGCGGAGGAUGGGGCGAACAUUCAAACAAACGGCAAGCAGCGCAGGAUAGCUCUGCUACAAAUCCUUCAGAACCAGGUAGCGCGACAUCUGGUGUAGGAGGUAUGGGUCCUGGUCAAAGCCCUGGCGGGCAAAUACAUGGCGAAGAUGUACCGCAUUUCGAUUGGAGGGAGCAUUUGCGUACGCACGAAAACCACAGCAGGCGGCUGCGGGCCAGACGGAGAUCAAUGGGAGAUCCUACAGCGGGAGGUGGGCUCGAAGAAGAGAUUGGACGGAGCACUCUGGCAAAUCUGUUUUUUGUUAGCAGUGUACUUUUCAUUGCAGUCUCAGUACCUUGGUUAUUCGUCGAUUCCAUACUAUCAGGCGGCCGGAAGAAGAAAGAUUCGAAAACAUAG